CGCAGUAAGAAGUCAAUCCACUCUGUUGAAGCGUAUUUACAAAAAGUCUGCAGGCGUGUUACAAUGAGCGACACUUCAGAAGAUGAUCAAGAGAUCUCCUUCUUGGUGAAGUUUCUUGGCCGAGUCGAGGUGGUCCGUCCUGAUGGACUACAGAUCCUGGAAGAAGCAGUUCAAUCCCUAAAGACACAAGAUAAAUACUCCUCAGAAAAGGCAGCAAAGAAGAGCAAAGUCCAUCUCUUCCUGUCACUGGGUGGAGUCGACAUUUUGGAAAACAAAACCAAGUUUAUGUUGUAUUCGUGCCCUCUGCCCACUAUCUCCUUCUGCGCCGUGCUGCCAUCUUCACCCAAAGUCUUCGGCUUCGUGGUUCAACACCCAGCAGCAGACACUCACCACUGCUAUCUGUUCCAGAGCAAAAAGUUUUCUCACGUGCUGGUCUCAGUUGUCGGGGAUGCCUUCAGAGCUUCAAAAAAGCAGGAGAGCAACAGAGGAGGACGAGACCUGAUAGUGGAGGCGCUCAGACAUAAGAAUAAAAUGCUGCAGAGAGAAAACGCUGAGCUAAAGAAGAAGCUUCAGGACAGAUUAAAUGACUAAACAACACUGAUAUAUGCUGCUGCACAACACUUUUAAUUAUUUUUUAAACUAUUUUACAUUGCUUUUCUUUGUUUCCAAGUGUUUACCCUCAGGAAAACCUUCAAGCUGAAUACAAAGCACACAGAAAACACAUGAAUUAUGACUUUUACCAGUAAUAAUAUUCUAAUAAACUUUUCUGGAGUGUAAUUACCAUUGAACCGUCACAUCCGCACCAGCAGAGGGCAGCAGUAAGUCUGUCAACCGAGAUCGAGGCGGAUGCGUUCAAAUGCUCACUUGACAGUGUCGGAAAUUUUACAAUUUCAUUGUUCUUACAUGGGAAAAAUUAAAUAAACACAACAGAGAAAAAUGCAAAAUGUUCUGAAUUGCUGUGUGUAACCUUUGAGGCCUUACUCGUAAAAAAAAUAGAAAAUGUACAUAAUAUCAGUUAACAAUGAUAACUGUACAAU